AAUCCUUUCACGCCAUCCUUUUCCUUCGACACCCGCCUUUUCGCCGUCCGGUUCAACCACCGAGAACCGCCAGUGUAGGCGAAGACGGGGAAAAUGGACUCCCGGACAGUAUGGAGCGUAUUUGGCGUAGAGGUAGGUCUAUCAUGGUUUUUUAACGCCCUUUUUUUCCUUUUUUUUCUUCCUACUCUCCUUCAAGGGGCAAAAUAAAAAUAAAAACCGUGCAGCUGGUCUUCUUUCUGUUAGAGUUGCCUCCUUUUCGCGCUGCUCGAGAAGUAUAUUGAUACCUACCUACGACCCGGUAUCUCGUAUAUCUUCUUACUCUUCGUUAAAGAGGCCAGGCUGUGUUGGUCUUCAAUCUGUAAUCAGUCCUCGGUAUUGUCCGUUUCGAAGUCAACCCUCCUAUAUCAACUUGGAGGUAUCUUAGUUAUAAGUCGAAUUACCAUUAAGCCCGAUUGAAUCUACCACAAAUUUUAUUCAUAUUAUCUGGAGGGUUUCGUAAAUUCUUACUUCCUUUAGUUUAGGCUUCCAGAGAGCCCGACUAAAGAGGCUAGGAUGCAAUUGAAGCAAGACGAGAGUGGCGGUGGCUCGCUUGCCGAUCAAGUAACGAUGCCGGAAUCUAAGACCUCUCGCGCCGAAUUUACCAAGAGGUCGUCGACGCUACCCUUCGGCCAGCCAGUUUCCCUACCUUCGAUAUCCGGACCUACCUAUGUUACCGGUCAACUGCUCGUUCAGCAAAUCGCCUAUAUCUUGUCCGACAAAAUAUUUUCCUACUCGCCCGAGACAUUCGACCUCGACGUCGCCGCGAAGGAAUGGGCCAAGGAUGGAGAGAAAAACAUUCACGGAUAUGCUACUUCGCUUUUGCCCCUCCAAACUCGGUCUGGUGCCGGCGCGUUUGCCCUCGGAUACAUCUUCUCGAAAGAUUUUGACCUAAGCAAAAGGCAUGUUCCUCAGACUUUGCUGGCACCGUCACUUAGCUUGCGCCAUCUUCGCUCUGCCUUGGACCAAUUAGCUCUCCUAUAUGGCGUUGCUAGUCCUUUCGUCGCUCACGUAGCCGCUACUGAUUACACAGCCGAUGCUGGCCUUGUCGCGGAGUAUGGUACUGCUUUACAACUGUCCGAAGAACUUGGGUUGGGUCUUGUGUCGAGUGCUUCUCCUUACGAGGCUCAGCACAUCUCUCUCUUCGCCACACUUAUGGCCAAGGUUUUACCAACCGUUCAUAUUUAUGACGGUGUUCGCACGUCCCGUGAGACCUUGAGAGUCAUCGAUGUUUUAAGCCAAGUCGGCGUCGCCGACAUCUUUAACAAGGUCUCUAAGACAGCAGAAACCUUGAAUCAGCGACUCGAUAACGCUGGGAAAGUCCUCGAGCUCCUCCAGACUUUCAAUGAUGAACUUGGGACUGAUUAUGAACCCUUUGAGUAUUUUGGCCACGAUACUGCUGAGACUGUUUAUGUGGUCUUCGGCAGUGUGGAGGCUCAGCUUGCUAAGCAAGUUGUAUCGAAACUGGCGCGCGAUGGCGCGAAAGUUGGGGCUGUGAAUGUGAGAAUAUAUCGACCUUUCAUUGAGGAAGCCUUCAUCAAGUCCUUACCUGCCUCUGUUCAAAACGUUGCAGUCAUUGGUCAGGUUGCCAAUGAGUCUGCGGUGUUGGAUGCCUCAGUACAAUCUGUCUUAUACUCGGACGUUUUGACUGCGGUGUCAUUUUCUAGCAAGUGGACCUCAAUCCCUGCAGUCACCGACAUCAAGUAUCCAGUUUCGCAAGCAUUCACUCCAUCAGCCUUUGCCGCUGUUAUUACUCAGGCUACCGGAAAAGCAACAACUUCUCGCAUCCAACUUCCUCAUCUUGAGUCGGCGCAGCAGUACAUACUGUGGGACACUGAUGAUUCUGUCGCCCUCUUUGCUCCUACUGUUGUUGGUGAAGUGCUAUCUCAAGAUUCCACUAGCAAUGUGUACCUGAAUGAGUCUCAUGACAACCAGACGCAGGGGGGCGUCAUCCGAUCUGACUUGAGGACAUGCAAAAAGACACUCGAUGCCCCUUACAUAAUCGAGGAAGCCGACGUUGUCCUAGUUGGGGAAGAGAAACUUCUGAAAGAAGUGGCUGCUUCUCAGAGUGUAAAGAAUAAUGGGAAGUUGGUUUUGAAAUUGCCGAAUUUUAAGGACGAGGACGUGGAAAAGCGGAUACCUGCCGCAAUCCGCAGAGACGUGCAAGAGAGGAACAUUGCACUCUACAUUCUAGACUCAGCUCAGUCUCCGGCAUUUGAAACCGACCCCAGUACUGCUCGACUGCUUGUCGAGCUUGCUUUCCUUAAGAUUGCUCAGCCAGACAUCGAGCAUGAUAUUCUAGAGAGGUUAGCUGUACUAGAAGCCAAUAUCCCAACCUUAGAAGAAUGCAUUGACGCAUUGGGCAAGUGUCUCAAACAGCUUGAGGUUCCCGAAUCUUGGGUUGACGCUGCCGAGGAAAUAUCUCGAAGUCUUCCCCAGGCACUGAAAACAAACAGCUUUGCGCCGUUCGAGAAGCAAGAAACAGAGCAGGAGCUUCAACUCAGUGAUUGGGAAUCUGCUGCCAAGGGUCUUGUUUUCAAGGAGGCAUAUGAUACUGGCAUUAACCUACGCCCUGAUCUGACAGUUGAGACUUACACGAUUCGUGUAAAGGAGAACCGAAGACUCACGCCUGCGACCUAUGACCGAAACAUAUUCCACAUUGAAUUCGAUCUCGGCAAUUCAGGCUUGACAUACAAGAUAGGAGAAGCUCUCGGAAUUCAUGCUGAUAACGAUGAGUGCUGGGUUCGCGAAUUCAUUGCAUCCUAUGGCUUAGAUGCGGAUGAUCUUGUCCAGGUGCCAUCCAGGGAGGACCCAAACAUUUUAGAAACAAGAACUGUUUACCAAUCACUGGUACAGAACAUCGACAUAUUUGGAAAACCUCCGAAGCGGUUCUACGAGUCUUUGGCCGAAUUUGCUACCAAUGACUUUGAAAAGAAGAAGCUUGCUUCCCUGGGCACCCCGGAAGGAGCUGAGGAUUUCAAGCGGCGCGCAGAGGUUGACAUGGUCACCUUCGCCGAUGUGUUGGAAGAAUUCAAGUCUGCUCACCCUAGCUUUCCAGAGCUUAUUCGCCUCAUUGGACCUCUGAAGCGUCGGGAGUACUCGAUUGCCUCGGCUCAAGCCGUGACUCCCAAUGCCGUCGCCCUCAUGAUUGUUGUCGUGGACUGGGUCGACUCUAAGGGACGCACACGCUAUGGUCAGGCAACUCGAUAUCUCAGUCGUCUCCCGGUCGGGGCCACGGUUACUGCCUCCGUUAAACCGUCGGUAAUGAAGUUGCCAACGCGUGACGAUGCACCCCUCAUCAUGGCCGGCCUCGGAACUGGACUGGCCCCCUUUAGAGCUUUUAUUCAAUACCGAGCCAUGCAGAAGGCACAGGGCAAGGAUAUUGGUGCUAUUCUUCUGUAUCUUGGUUCCCGUCAUAAACGUGAGGAGUACCUGUAUGGCGAGGAAUGGGAGGCAUACGUUGAUGCGGGCGUUAUCACACUUCUUGGCGCUGCUUUCUCCCGAGACCAGCCCCAGAAGAUCUAUAUCCAGGACCGUAUGCGGCAGACCAUGGGCGAUAUCGUCAAAGCAUACAUCGAGCAGGAAGGUUCCUUCUAUCUCUGCGGUCCUACUUGGCCCGUGCCUGAUGUGACGGACGUUCUCAAGGAAGCCAUCACUUUUGAGGCAAAGACGAAUGGGAAAAAGGUGGACGCAAAGAAGGAGAUCGACCGUCUCAAGGAGAAUGGCCGAUAUGUGUUGGAGGUCUAUUAGCGUAUCCCCCAGCUAGAUUUGCUUUGUUCCAAAGCGAUUUAGAUUAUAUCUCAUGAUUUGAAUAUUAGAUCCCUAUCCAUAUAAAUCAUGAUAAGAUCAAUUUGCAUUUAGUAAAGUCUGU